GCAAUGUAAAAGCGCACAUCGCCAUCACAACACCAUACAAGUCUCACAAGGUCGGAUCUCGGAUAUUUCCGAGUACCGCACGAUCGGUGGCACGAUCCGUUCCGACAGGUAACGAAUGGUUCUGUGAUUGUAGAGUCUUGGAGCGAAAAUUGAUUGUUUUGACGGUGGACGGUCACACACACACAAGACAACAAAGUAUUGCCAGGUUUGUCAACCACUGUCAAGUUGUUUGACCCGGUUACCUGUUGAGAGUUUUAUACUGGCCAUUGAACUAAAUCUUGAUCAAUGCUGUAUUGAUCUUCUGGCUACUUACCUCAUUUCGACUUUCGGCUUGGCUCCGGCCAUCUUGUGUUAGAGCUCGGCGGAUCAGACCUGAAGUGGAAUUUUACAACUUAUGCUCAGGAUGAUGACUUGAACAUAGGAUAAUUGUCUUAUUUGAACGAAACACUUUGCAAAGGUGGAAAGCCGUUUAGACUGAUCAACCGAAAAAAAAUUGGCAUCGUGAAAAUACUGUCUUUAGACAGAGCGGCGCGGGCUACGCCAGAAGCAUGAUCCGGCGGACUGUCUUGACGAAGAAAUAAAGAACAUUUUGACGGCGUGAAACAUGGAGUUAAUCUUCCUGAAGUCUUGAUGAUGUGAGGCAAGGAAUGGCUUCAAGUUCAAAGGAUGCACAAAAUGAGAAUGAAAGUCAAAAUGACGCAGAAAGCGCUCUCUCAGAGAGCCAGGAAACUAAGAGUCACAGUCGCUCCAAUAGUUCCGUUUCACCUCCUGCAUGGCGGGUUGUGUUUUUGAGUUCGAAAGUUCGGCAUACUGCCGUGCUAAACUCGGCUGCUCGAUCGUCAGUUCUGUUUGUACCUUACAAGUACGACAACUCAACUCUGGAAUCGCUUCUUCUUCAAGCUCAACAAACUCUAGCGGGACGAAAAGCCGAAAGCAUAGCGUUUUUAGCACACGGUCAAGGCAGCAAUAUGGUUCUUUGUGCAAACGACGACCAGGUGAUUUCUCUUUACGCUGUCAAGGAGCUUGAUGAACUUCAGAAUUUUUUCACUGAACUUGUCAAACUAUGCCUGGAUGCAGAUUCACCUGGUGCUCGGCUUGACUUCCUUGCUUGUCCUCUCAUUCAAAGCAGUGAUGUAUUGGAAAUUGUGGAAAUCUUGGAGGGCUUAACUCAGGUGGCAAUUGGCAUGACGAAAGAUAUCAUGGGUACAGAUUUUAGGAGUAAAGGCGAUGAGGAUCAGAGUUUACAUCCUGGAGAGCUUUACUUCAAGCAAGAAAAGAUGCGAGGCUGGUCUGGUGUUCAGCAGCAGGACAUUAGCAACUUUGAAAAGAUCAGGACUGUAGGAAAAGGGGCAUAUGGAGCAGCUGUUCUGUAUAGAAAAAAGGAUGAUGACUCACUUGUCAUCCUGAAAGAAAUUUCUCUUCAUGACCUGACUGCAACUGAAAGACAGAUGGCAAUGAACGAGGCCAAAGUGCUGUCCAAGCUUAGUCUGCAUCCCAACAUCAUCAGCUACUAUGACAGUUUUGAAGUUGACGGCACACUGAUGAUUGAAAUGGAGUAUGCUGAUGGAGGGACUCUUGCUCAAUACUUGUCAAGACUGGAGAAGGACAUGGAAGAAAGAGAGAUCCUAAUAAUCUUCCAACAGAUGCUCUCUGCUUUGAAAUAUAUUCACGUGAACAACAUCUUGCACAGGGAUUUGAAGACAGCCAACAUUUUUCUAACCAAGGAAGGCGUCGUCAAGCUUGGUGACUUUGGUAUCAGUAAACAGCUUGAGGGCUCCAAGGCCAAUACUGUCCUUGGAACGCCGUACUAUAUUUCACCAGAAAUGUGUGAGGGUAAAGAGUACAAUCACAAGAGUGACAUCUGGGCUCUUGGCUGCAUAUUGUAUGAAAUGGCCAGUAGACAAAAAACCUUUGAAGGCUCCAACCUCCCAGCAUUGGUUAACAAAAUCAUGAAGGGUCAAUUUGCUCCCAUACGAGGAAAUUACAGUCCAGAAUUUAGAUCUCUGGUGGCAGACAUACUUCAGAAAGAACCAGAUAUGAGACCAGAUGUAGAAAAUUUGUUGAAUGAGAGACUUCCAAAGCUCAUGAAAAGAUUUGAAGACACAAGUGAAGAUGAACUUGGAAGCUCCAUUGAUCAAAGCCGUAAGAUAAGAAGAAGAACACUUCUGUAUUACCUAGACUUGCUGUAUACCAACAUGUGCCCUAUUGAGAUUCCUGCAAAGGGACAACUCAGAGAGAAACAGUAUUUUAUUUUCUUCUAUAGAGUGUGCUGUGGAGGCCAAUUCACUGUUUUUGUCACUGACAAUGGCAUUGUGAUGACUUGUGGUCUGGGUGAACUUGGUUGUCUGGGUCAUGGUGACUGGUUGAAUUCAUCAAAGCCAAAGUUGAUUGAAGCGCUGUUGAGUUUUGAUGUGACAUCUGUCAGCUGUGGCAAUUCCCAUGUGGCAGUCGUGACGAGUGAUGGUGUGGUGUUCUCGUGGGGCUGUGGAGAUGAUGGCAGACUAGGAUUAGGAGAUGAAGAUAAUCAGUGUCUUCCCACUGAGGUAACAGCUAUAGAUGAUACAGUGUCCAUAAAACAAGUCAGGUGUGGUUAUGAUGGUACAAUGUUCCUCACUGAUACAGGCGCUCUGUUGGCUUGCGGAAGCAAUGCAAACAACAAGCUGGGACUGAAUAACCGUCAGGGAUUUCUAAUGCAAAUGAAGAACUUGUUGAAUAAGGUCCAGGUAGACGGGAAGAAUGUACCAACAGCUGUGAAAGUAUUGUCUAAACACCGUGUACUUGAUGUGUCCCUGGGACCAGCUCACAGUGCAGCUCUUGUUGAACCAGGCCUGGUGUACACGUUUGGCUGCAAUCAGUAUGGACAGCUGGCAUGCAACAACUGUAAACCACGUGAUGUACCUGCUAUUGUCAAGGCGUUAGAAGAAAAGACCACUUCGAUGAUUUUCUGCGGCAAUGGCUUCACCUUGGCUGGGACAAAUGAUAAUGACUUGUAUUUCUGGGGGACAAGACCCACGGAAAAUAAGCGGACACAAAGCGAGAGUGGAGACAAGACCGAUACUGAAGGAAACAACCGGAGACAUAAGAGAAAUCCCAGCGGGAGCAUGAGUAUCGGCAGUGCUGACAGUUUAGAGUUAUCUCCUGGGAGCAAAAGCGAUCAUAACUCCGGAAGCCAGUCGUCUCUUCCAAAAGACGCCAAGAAACGCAGAGAGGGCGUGCUAGAAUGCUCGAGCUCCACAAGACUUGAGCGAGGCAGGAAAGAGGGAAUGCAGGAGGGAUUCUCCAUGCCACAGUCUUACAAGAAGAGGAAGGAGGGGGUACAGGAGGGUGUCGCACAGCCAGACGUCAUGGGUAGCAGUACUAGUUUGAUUCCUAAAUCUAUGGAUGGUGUCUUUUCUGACGCCGAACGAAGCGACUGUGCAUCAAAAGAAGACCCUUCAGUUAACUACAUCAGAAACAGCUCCCGCCGAGGACAAAUGAACGAUCAAACGUUUGCUGCAGGGUUCCUACGAAUCAGUGAGAACGAAACGAUGCCUUCACCCACGCGCUUGUUUCACUGGGACACUUACACCAUGUAUGGGAAAGAUCAGGAACACGAAUUUCCUGUUUACUUGCUGGAUAUCAAUGGUUUUGGCGUCAACGUGUUUGUCCAGAUAGAAACCACGGCUCCGCUUCCCACAAGACGGAGGUCGAAAAAACGUUCGCAGAAAAAAGCUAGCGAGAGAAGAUUGUCCAAACAGACUACGGUUUUUGAUGGUUCCUUUGGUAACACCAGAGGGCCUACAGGCCUCGAUUCCUCAAUGGGAUCAAGCUCUUCGGAGAUGGACACCACGUUAGGAGAGGCCCCGACGUGGCUCAAGAAUGAACUCAAAGAAGGAAUCAUACCUGGAGGUCAAGGACAAGACGAUUCAGAGGAUGAUAGCGACAGCGAAGAAGCUGACAGCGAAACUGAAGAGACAGACACUGGUCAAGACAGAGAGAAAUCCAAACUGACUGUCGCGUCUACAGCAGAGAAUGCAUCAGAUAGCGACAGGAACUCCAAGAGUGCUGCAGCAAAGCUCGCGGCAAAAGUGGAGCGAUUUAAGCAAAGUCGGAAGUCGCAUUCAGAGACCAGAAUUGUUGGUGGUGUUGCUAUCAAUACCACUGUGGACAAGGAUGUUCCUUUGAGCGUGCAGUCGAGUUCUGUUUCGGUUAAAUCUGAGCCAGAGUUGGACAAUAUCAAGAAUAAGGAUGCUGGCUCUGAAUCUACUCAAGCAGUUGAUCCAGAUUCUAAAGGGUCACUGAGCCUUUCUAAAGUGUUCCCUCGGCCAGCCAGUAGCCCUGCCACUUCAAAACACAAGCGAUCGUCUUCAGAUGGAAUGAUUAUCGAUGAGAAGACCAGGACGACCUCAGAUUCCGGCGUGGAGUUAACUCCUGUGGAGAAAUUUAAUAGUUCUAGUGAAGGAUCCGGGAGUACAGCGAAUGGUUCAAGGAAGGCUUCAUUAGAGGUUCGAACUCAAAAGAAAAGUACUGGAACCACCUCACCCCAGGCUCCUCGCUCUCCAAGAGUCGGUGAACGGCAUGGCACCCUCAAUAAAUCCGUGGAUCGUUACGCCGAGUACAGGAGACCCGUGGGUAGGGCGCGGUACGGUCAAGGACCAUCUCGGAAAGGAGGAGCUGGUCGUUCAAUCGACGACAAGAAAAUGGCAGCAAGUGAUUCUCGUUCGACUCACACUCGGCGCGAACAGGUUGUCUUAGAAGAAUUACGCCGUGAAUCUGCUGAAAGACAAAGAACUUUGCAAGAAGAAAUUGAAAGACUUAAGAAUGAAAAGGAGGAGAACGAGCGACGGCUACAGCAGCUACACCAAGAGGAACUAGAACUGGCGGAGAAAGCCUUGGGCGAGCGUGAAAAGGAGGCUAAGGAAAGAGAGGAGAAAUUAUCCCACGAAGUUCUUACUUUAAAAAUGGAAUUAUCCAAGCAAUGUGAUAAACUGCAAGACAACUUCAACGUGGUUUUAUCACUACAAGAGCAAUUGGCUCGUAUGCAGCAGGAGCAAUUGAGACAGCAAGCUAAAGAAAAGCGACAGAACUCCGCACGGCAGAAAAGCACCGCCAAAAGUUCCGUAUGUAGUGUGAUGUGAAGUGUCCCAAUCAGUGAUGGUGCACCGAUA